GAGAUGUAUAAGAUAAGGGGAUCAUUUUGAAGAAGGCAAUUCUUUUGGUUCGAGGGGCUCGAGGGUCCUUUUGGUUCACGAUUGCCUAGUAAAUGAGAGUUGAGUGGUAGUGAAGGAAGCUAGUAAGGCAGAGUGAACGAAUCAUUGAUAAACCGUUGGAUUCCACUUCCUGUGUUGAGAUCACGGAGGCGGAUCAUCCACCUAUUGUCAAUCGUUCCUUCAGGAUAUACUGAAGGGAGCGAGUGGUCAAAAGUAGCAGACUAUAAAUCUGUUGAAUCUUUUUUUAGGUAGGUUCGGACCUUGCCUCUCUGGUUUUUGUUUGUUGUAGACUUUAGAGAAGGGAAAAGAGAUUCAUUUGUCAGCUUACAUGAUAAGGUCCAGCGAUGAGGUCGUUGAACGUGGAGAAAAGAUGGAUGUUUCCUCUUAUUAUAAGCUCACUUGUGUUUAUUUUCCUUCUUGUAACCUCCUUCGACUUGGGCCUCAUUUCCUCGUUGCAUACGAUCAAUUCAGUCUUCUCAAUUUUCCCAUCUUGUGUUAUGGAGAAUCAAACUAGCCCGUAUAUUGAUGAAGUAAAAGUUCAGCAAGCUCCAAGUCUGCCUCCGCCUCCUUCACCUCCUCCACCUCCUCCACCACCUCCUCCUCCUCCUGCUCCGCGUUUUGCUUAUUUGAUAUCUGGAUCAAAAGGUGAACUAGAUCAGCUUUGGAGAACGCUGAAAUCGAUAUACCAUCCGUGGAAUUACUACAUUGUUCAUCUGGACUUAAAAUCAGCAGCAGAUGAGAGACUAGAGCUUGCUUCAAGAAUUGCAAACGAACCUGUUUUCGCCAAGAUUGGAAAUGUGCACAUGAUUACGAAAGCAAACAUGGUGACAUACCGGGGUCCGACCAUGGUCUCUAACACUCUACACGCCGCCUCUAUUCUCUUGAAGAAGUAUACGGAUUGGGAUUGGUUUAUUAACCUGAGUGCUUCUGACUAUCCCCUGCUAACUCAAGAUGAUCUUCUCUACGCAUUUUCUCAAUUAAAACGCGACUUAAACUUCAUUGAACACACAAGCCGGUUGAGAUGGAAAGAGUCGGAAAGGGCAAUGCCGCUUAUCAUAGACCCCGGGCUGUAUCAGAAUACCAAGUCUGAUAUAUUUUGGGUUGCACCAAGGAGAACUCUUCCCACAGCCUUUAAACUCUUUACUGGCUCAGCUUGGACGGUGUUGUCACGCACGUUUAUAGAGUAUUGCAUAUGGGGUUGGGAUAAUCUUCCAAGGACUCUACUUAUGUACUACUCGAAUUUCGUGUCCUCUCCAGAAGGCUAUUUUCAAACUGUUAUAUGCAAUGCCCCUGAGUUUUCAUCAACUGUUAUUAACCAUGACUUACACUAUAUCUCUUGGGAUGUUCCUCCAAAACAACAUCCACACAUUCUAUCACUCAAUGACAUUGGACAAAUGAUAGCAAGUGGCGCUGCAUUUGCGCGAAAAUUCAAGAAUGAUGAUCUGGUUAUGGACAAGAUUGAUCAAGAGUUUCUACACAGGGGGAAUGGUAGCUUCACCCUGGGUGGUUGGUGCGCGGGAAAUCCACCUUGUUCAAAAGUUGGGAACCCGAAAAAGCUUAGACCCGGGCCAGGAGCUCAAAGGCUACGACGUCUCAUCGAUAGAUUAGUUGAUACAGCUAGUCAGAAUCAAUGUAAGUAGACAUUUUUUCCUGUAUCGUUCCAAUUUUAUCGGAUGUUACAUACUUUUCCUUGAUUUUAUGAUCAAAAGAGUAUAAAGUU